AGCACCGUUGCCCCUAAACCCUGCAAUUCGGCGUCGACAAAACCCCCCCAAUCACAGAGAGGGACUGCGGACAAGAGGAAGUAAGAGAAAGAAAUGGUGAACAAGCCAUGGAAGAUAAUAGCGAGACCAUUGUUAGAGACAGUCCUAAACAACCAUGCACAGCACCACCGCGUUCCUCAACCUCUCAUCCUCCAUGGCCCCCGUGGAGUUGGCAAAACCACGCUCAUCCUUGAACGUCUGCUUGAAGACUGGAACAAAGGGCCGCACCUCACUGGUUAUGUGGAUUUCGCUCAAUCAAUCGAAGAACACCAUCCGCAACACAAUAAGUCGUUUCCUUGGGCGUCCUGGUCCAACUGUGAGCCGCCAACGCUCUUGGAUUGCCGAUCCCAACUCGAGACCUGUCUUGAAUCAAUGGCGCAUAAAGGCAUCCAGCUCGGCACCAUAAGCUCCCAGCAGGUCUUCUCCUCUAUCAACAAAUGGUACGGUCUUAGUAACGCUCUACGUAGGAUACUCCAAAGUAACAGCACUUCCAAAACGGCGUUGUCGGAGAAGGUAUCGAGUUCAACACUUUGGAACCGUGCGUUGUUCGCGCUAUCUGCUCGAUCAAAUGCCGCAGAGAUUGAUGCUAUUCUGGGAUUGGAAAAUAACGCGAAGAGUUUGUCAAUUGAAGAGGCUUCCUAUUUCAGGGAGGCAGUUGUGGCGUUGAGGUUGGCAAAGGAGGUGAUUAAGUUGCAGCAAGGGUGGAGGGCUAAUGCAAUCGCUCACUUGAACAGGACGGGUGGGUUUUCUAGGUCGUUAGCAAAUUCCUGUACCGAUUGGCCUUUAUUAUUGCUAGAAUUACUAUCGCAAGCGGCAGAGAUUGAUUACUUUCAGCCGAAGUUGGUAAUAAACAAUAUUGAAGUUCUUCAGAGUGCAAUUCUGGCAGAUGAUUCAAUGGUCCGUGGAUCACUGUAUCAUGACAGUCUGAUAUGGAGAAUUAUUGCUUUGGGUGCAAAUGAGAGGUGCCUGCCAGUGGUACUCAUCACAUCUGAUAGCUACUAUUCAUACAAAGCCUACAUAGAUUUUGGAUUUCCCGACAUUUUCAUCUCUCGUGAGUCCUUUGGAUGGACUCCACAGGAAGCUAAAAUGCAUAUGGUUCCUCAUUACUUUAGUCAUUCUGAGUGGACAAUAAUUGCUGAGGUGCUUGGGCCAAAUGCUCGACAUCUAUUUGAGCUGUAUGCACUGAAACAGAGCAGUCAUUACCAGAAGCUGAUUGAUGACAAGGCCAGUACAUUCGAAGACAUAAUAGACAUUUAUUUGGCAUAUUUGCAAGUUGCAGUGGUGAAUCCUGCCAUGGAUAAAGCAUUGGAAAUGUUGCAAAAGUUUGCCGUUGAUGCACACAAAGGCAGAAUCUCGAAAGAUAAAUUACGGUUUGGUGCUCCUUGGAGGCAUCCACCUCAGACAGACAAUCCAACCUUGUGCCUUGAAUGGGCUAAGCUUCAACUGAUGGAUUUUGUUCAGACUCUAGUAAAUACAGAAUUUGGGGUUAAUUACCUAGCUGACUGUAGCCUAGAGAUCUUCGAUGAUCCUUCUGCUGUUGCAUUAUUAGAGGUUGGUCUGCUAUAUGCACAACGGGAUCCAUCUAUCAUUCGCCCAAUAUCUAGAGGUAUUCAAAGGUGUCUUGUCAGAUGGCUUGUCCAAGAGCGAAUGCAAAUGAGUUUUACAGACUUGCUUCAGUUUCUAUGGCAGUGUAUUCUACGUGGCCGUAGUUAUCGUCAUUUGAUGCUACAAGCAGGCUAUAAAUAGGCUUCUGUGGUGAAGGCAUAGUUUUAUCUUUGUAUGCAGGACUAUCUUUACAUACACAUAAAUAUCAUUAGAACAUUGGUCAAGCGAAGGUUGAAUCAGCGAAUUUUGGUUUGCUGUAUCAUUUGAAUUCCUCUGGUGCGACCAGGUUGUACGACAGACGAGCAGUGAGCCCUUAGUUUCCAGUGUUAGACUUGAAGACUCCAAUAAUCAUUCACCUACGAUUUUUUUGAUUUUUUUUGUGCCUAUGAAGGUCAGUAAACUGUAAAAUAAAAAAGGAGUCUGUACUCACUCCCACCAAAGUUCAAAUCUUGUUAGAGGCAUUAGCCCACACA